AUGGCUGUACAACCCCCGAAGCGGGUGAGGCCGGCUUCAGCUUCCACCACAGCAGAUGAACGGAUAGCCGCUGUAAACAAGCACGUGUUACCUGCGCUGAAGCAAUACCUGGUGCUGAAAGCGUACAGUGCCGCCACCGCCCGUACGUAUACACAGGAGGUUACCCAGUUUUUAUAUGCGCUGAAAAACAAUGCGGCCGAUAGCUUUGAUGCAGAACGAAUAAAAAGGUACCUGCAGUAUUGUUUUGAAACGCUGCAUUUGGGCGAGCAUACGGUACACAGCCGCAUGAAUGCGCUGAAAUUUUAUUACGAACAGGUGCUGGGAAGGGAAAAGUUUUUAUGGGAGAUUCCCAGGCCGAAAAAGCCGCUUCAGCUGCCGCGGUUUUUUAACCAGGAAGAAGUGGCCGCCAUUAUUAAUACCACUGCCAAUGCGAAGCACAAAACCAUGCUGAUGUUAUGUUACAGUACGGGCAUGCGGGUGAGCGAGGUAGUAAGACUGAAGACGCGGAAUAUAGACAGUAAGCGUAUGUGCAUACUGGUAGAGCAGGCAAAAGGUAAGAAAGACAGGAUGGCGCCGUUGAGCCCGGUGUUGCUGGUAAUGUUGCGGGCGUAUUCGCUGGCAUACAAACCUUCGCCCACUGGCUAUCUUUUUGAAGGGCAGGAGGAGGGUAGUCCGUACAGUACAAGAGGUUUGCAGGAAGUGCUGCAUGCGGCCAAGCAGCGGGCCCUGGUGUAUAAGCCCGGCGGUGUUCAUUCUUUGCGUCAUUCAUUUGCCACGCAUUUGCUUGAUAAGGGAACCGAUAUCAGUAUGAUUCAGAAAUUGCUGGGCCAUAAUGAUAUAAAGACUACGUUGCGCUACCUGCAUACUACCAAUAAGGAUAUAAUGAAUAUUAGACUGAUCGACAGUACACUUCCAUUUGUUGAAGAGUUGCUCAUAAAGUAUGGCGAGUUUUAUCCUUUGGCAUCUGCUGUAACUGUUAGCGACAGUAUUUCUCAAGUGGGAGCUUAUAAUGGCGAUGACAAGCCGCCAUCGGACAAGGUCAUUAUGGAUUUAAAAACGGGUUUUAAAGCUAAAAAGAACGACUAUAAAUGUGUAACUAUUUUCUAUGAUGUAAUUGUUGCAAAGCCGGACACAACACAAAAAGUAGAUGCUGUUGCUGUCUUUGCUGAAUCACAAGGGGACGACUUUGGCUGUGUAAUAUACUUUCCUUACGAAUUGACAAAUGCUAAGGAAUUGAAGUUUCAAGAUGGUGCUUGGAAAGAACUUAACGACAAAGAGAUAUUUGUUAAUUUAUAA